AUGGGAAACCAUAUAGAUGGGCUCAAGUUUGCCGGAGGUUCUUUCACUCUGUUCCAGGAAAGGGCAUUACGUGAACUGAUCGACCUUGCUCACGAGCAUGGGGUCUAUAUAUCCACGGGGGGUUGGGCUGAACAUCUACUCGCGCAUCCGGACCCAAAUACCGUAUUCGACCGCUAUCUUCAAAAGUGCAAGGACCUUGGUUUCGAUGUCAUUGAGCUGUCCUCUGGCUUCAUCUCCUUACCGGAGGAGGAUUGGCUUCGACUUGUCGACAAGGUUCACUCUUACAAGCUUGAAGCAAAACCCGAGUUGGGGAUCCAAUUCGGGGCUGGGGGUGAUACUCCCACCUCCGGUCUUCAAGUUAUUGGGACUUCCGAUCCGGGAAAAUUGGUGAAUCUGGGCCAUCGGUUCCUCAAGGCGGGAGUGAAACGCCUGAUGAUCGAGUCGGAGGGUAUCACAGAGAAUGUCAGCUCAUGGCGGACAGAUGUGGUAUCUAAGAUCAUGAAGGAGCUUCCUUCCGAGCAGGUCAUGUUUGAAGCUGCGGACCCCAAAGUCUUCAACUGGUACAUCCGCGAGUUCGGCAUCGAUGUCAAUCUGUUUGUAGAUCAUAGUCAGAUUGUCCAACUCAUGUGCCUCCGGUCCGUGGAAAUGCUUGGCAUCGAAUGGGAUGCGCUUAGUCAGUUUGUCGAGUCCGGGGAAAGCACCGGCAGCCCGCACUUCGUCCGUUCACCUGGAGGAUACUUCCCCAACGCCUGCAAAGCCGCCACCGGCGGGACAGUUGUCUUCAGUUUGAUAUCGCCUAUACCUCUUUCCGUUCGAGCUUCGAUGAUCCUCCCACAUACUAGACCUCCGAGCGACCCACGAAACCCGGAAAAGCUGCGCAGGUGCGGUCGACAUGCCUCGAGCCAGUACGGCUCCUGGGGCUCGGCUCCGAUGUCGCCGGGCCUGCGAUAG